GGUAUGGUCAGAUUUGGAGUUAACAUAUGACAAUUUUUCACAAAAUGGUUUGUACUUUCAAAAUUGUUGUACUCAUGCUGAAAAAUAUAACAAAAAUAAAUCUUCUUUAUUCUCUCUGAAAGACGCUGCAGCUUAUAGAUCCAAUUUUAAUAACUAAAACCAAAUUAUUCUGAAAUCCAAGUUGCACAUUGAACAGCUAUCCGAAUCGAAUCAGAGCUUACAUAUCUUUGAAACAAAUCAGCGACAACACAAAAGUCAUGAUGAGUGUUAUCGAAUUGGCUGGUUCCGCGAUUAAACAGAAGGCGGGUAGAAUAUGUGACAUUGACAAGUGGGACCCAACAGACAGAGAGAGGAAGUGGCUUCUAAUAUCAGGUGCAAGUGAGCCUCCAAAUUAUAUCCAGCUGUCCGAAAUGGGGGAACGUGAGGCGAGAGAAAGGCGGGACUUAUUUCUUAAAGGUCAAAGUGUGGAUUUCGUGAACAUGGAGAGAGCUGUUGGUCAUCAUCUCUACAACAGAGUGCAAAAUUUGCACAUGAGAAAAGAAGAUGUGAAAUCAAGCGUUCAGAAGUUUUUCCAGCAUUGCAACACUAAAAAAUACAAGCCAAUGCUAUAUUACACUGGCCAUGGGGAAAUGCCAACUGGAAACUGGUGUCUGGCUGACGGUACAGUUGGAAUAGAAGAGAUCUUUGAUUGGAUCCCAACUGGUAUGGAACCCCCAACUAUCUGCACAGACUCAUGUUUCGGAGGAGUGUGGGCUAAUUACUGCAUUAUGAAGAAUGUCCCAGGAUUUCACUGUCUCUCUGCGACGAUAGACUACCAGGCUGCUUAUGAUCACACUGAUGGAGGAGGUGAACUGACACACUACAUGACAGGCAAUGAGAGUAAACUUGAAGAUCAGCGACCUUCCACUGAGCCAAUGUUCAGCAGAGGAACCUUCACUGAAUUCUGUACAAUUGAAAAAUACGGCAAAACUAAUUACAUAGACUUCAUCAGAUUUUAUACGUACAAUAACCUACAGACUUUGAUAUCACAGAGUGUACAUGGCAACAACAUGAUAGCUAUAUUCGAUAAUCACAAAAAGUUUAACACAGGGAAGAAGCAAUUUUUGGUCAGCUCCUCGUUCAAAGAAGUGAAGGAACAAGUAAAAAUUCACACCAAGGCAGGCAUGAAUAUUUUCUCACUUGCAGCUGAUCAGAAAACGGGAAAGUUUUACGUUUAUAUGAUGGAAGAUUUUUUUGGCAAGGCACAGUCCAUUAUGCAAACUGAAGACCCCGAAGAUCUGUUUUUGCCUGGUCUGUCUGUGACUAGUGUCAACUGCCUCAAUAAAAAAUACUUUUUCGUAGUAACUGCCGGUGUGACUCAAUAUGAGAAUAAAGAACAAGUGAUAUUCACAAAGAGCAACAGGUCAGAUCUAGAUACUGAAAUUAAAAAGCAGAGGUCAGAAGGAAAAAAUAUUACCUCUUUUUGCAUCAAUCACGAGUUGAGUGAGUACCUGGUAGUGAUGACUGAGAUGGAAGGGUGCGAACAGGCGAGUGGAUGGUUCAAUACUACAACUACAGAUGGAUCAAGGGAGCGUAAUAAAUGGUCAGAACCUCAUACGAGAAGAGGACUACUGUACACAAUAGUGUGUAAGGAUCCGUCAGAUGGACAAACAUUCUACGUUGUGACUUCGGAUGAGGAUAGAAUUGGAUCCAAAGUCAGAGAUACAUCCUUCUUCAGCUGAAUGUCUGACGAGUAAAAUUUAUCUUAAUCAAUUUCUUAAUUGAUAUUUAUUUUGACCCAAAGCUACUAUACCAACUGUUUAUUUCAGUGAGUUAACUGCUUCAUCUGCUGUGAACUAAAUUCACACAAUACAAUAGUGAACUUUAAAACCGAUCAUUUCAAUGAUAGAACAAUUUUUGCAGUGAAUAGUUGUUGAAAUAAAAACUGCUUUUAAUUUGGAAAAAAGUGCAUUGUGCAGAUAUUGCGCUUACUGAGUUUUUAAACGAAAGCAGAAAAUAUAGCAAAAUUCUUAGCCCUUCUUUAAAGUAUAGAUUAGUUUCAUUAAAUUGUUUUAUUAAAUCGAUAUUUUCAUCCUAGUAUUUUUUCAGACAAGCAGUUUGCCUUAACUCUAUAACUGUUUUUUGAAAUCAAUCAGAGUUUGAUUUUAUCCUAUACAACUAGUAAAAAAUACAAUAAUGUUUAAAAAAGCAUUUGUAAACAGAUUCAUAUUCAAUCAAGCGACCAGUUUUCUUUAGCCGAUACUUAUAGUUCCUAUCAAAUUAUUAUGAUUUAAAUGAUGUUUUUGAUUGAUCAGCAAAAAAUUGUG